AACUCGUUGCUGCAAAACCGUGCGGCGCAGAACAAACAAUCCAGUCUUACUUUUGAAACAACGCAGUCAUCUCACCACGUCGGGCGUCGUCGACAUUCAAAACCUCCGAGUGAAAAUAACGCAGACGAACAACCAACAAUACUGUGGCGUCGUGGCGAUUGUUGCGUUUUUCCCCUAUUGUCGGCUGCUUUCUGCUGACCAACAUGUCGGACUGGGCUGGUGGUUUCGGUGGUUUCGGCAAUGGGAAUAAUCAAAAUUACGGCAGGAAUAAUUAUCACCCAAGGCCUGCAAACUCAUACAACUCUAGAACUGUUUAUAACCAACAGAGAUUUCCUCAAGUCCACGAAAUUCCGCACAUCACAAAUUCUUAUGAGCUUGAAAACUACAUCAGGCGUAAUGAAAAUGUGCCAAGCUGGGACAUGAAACUGCUUCAUGAAACGAUUCGAGAGGUGUCAAAAGACCACAACCUCAACUUUGAGUGGUUUUGUGCCAGUUUGAUUCAACUGUCGAGGGAAGGAGAUGCCCACGCAUUGCAGAAACGUUUCAAUUCAGGCACUUCGGAUGUCCGUCUGACCAGACGAGAAGUGUCGAUUUUGCUGGCAAACGCUUUCUUGAGCCGGCUGAAUUUCCUCAAUUACGAGUCGAUGCUCAAUCUCAAUGGGCUGUACAGCUCUCGAGCCAAGAAUACCAGAGUCAAAAAAGAAAAGCUCAAGUGCCUGAUUUACUAUCUGAUAACCGCCUUUGAUGAGAAUAAGAACGGACACGAAGUGAUUACUUACAAAAAGGUUUCGCUUGGGUAUGAUUUUCCUCAAGCCGCCUGGAACAACAAUACGCUUCUCAGUGAAGUCGGUAUCGAGAGCACAGAUCAGAGCAUGGCCAACGCUCCUGACAACUAUGCACAAGUGGAUUUUGCAAAUCGUAAGAUUGGUGGAGGAGUCUUGAGCAAUGGUUCAUUGCAAGAGGAAAUCAAGUUCAUCACCUGCCCUGAGCUGUUGCCAUCGAAACUGUUCAUCCAGAUGGAUGACACAGAAGCAAUCAUCAUCGAAGGCGCUCGCACACACAUAGUGCACUCUGGCUACAGAGACGAGUUCACUUAUGUAAAGGUGGCAGAUUUGUCUCAACCGCGUCGCAGCUCGAUCAUCGCCAUUGACGCGUUGGACUUUUCAAAGAAGUCUCCCUAUGAACAAUUCGAUUCAACGAAUGUGUUCAGGGAGCUGAAGAAAGCCUAUGUGGGAUUCAAGGGAACUUCCCGUCAGAUUAUCGCCACUGGCAACUGGGGCGGCGGCGCAUUCAAAGGGGACGCUGUUCUGAAAUUCAAGAUCCAGUGGCUCGCUGCGUCCUUGGCUGGGAAAAAACUGGUCUACUACCCUUACAAGAGCUACAACCUAGCCCAACAAAUUACUUCUGAAAGGGACAAGUGGCUGGGGAAAACGAUUGGUGAGCUGUACGUUGACCUCAUCCCAGAAUCGAGGAGUCAGGCCCCUAUGAAGCGAAGCUCGCCCGAAACUGGACACAUCUCGGGUUUUUCGCCGUCACCUCCGAAACGUAAUAAGGAGUCCUGGACAAGCAAUCACCAAAGUCAUCACAUCACAUCAACCAGCCUGGAUCCACAGCAGCCUUUCAUACAUCAGACGCCCGAGGACCAAAUGAUUUUCUCAGCUUUUCCGGCUUUUCAACAUCAAUUCCAGACACCCAAUCGCUUGAACCAGAACAUCCCGAUUCUUGCCCCCUUCCAACCCCAGGCUACAACAACCGGCCAAUUUCUCCCCAACCGAUUCACCAUCAACCACAAUCCAGUAUCAGGGACCCCAUUCCAAAGACUGAAGAAACGUCUGUUCCAAAUCUUCCGGCGUCCAGACACAAUGGACCUCGUGAACAACAAAAACGAGGACGUCGAGAUAAUUCAGGUGGCACCUGGGACUGUUGCACAAUCAUGUGAGGAGCCAAGCCAGCCGAGGCCAAGCAUGUUGCAAAAAAUGAUCCUCAUGUAUGGCCUAUCCAAGAUUCUAACUAAAAGCUUUAGGCGCCUACGAGGGCUCAAAAUUUGGCGUCAGUAGCUUUUCUGAACUGCUAUAAAUAAAUAUUCCUGGCAUUGCAAAAUUUUAAUUUGUCGAUUAAUAUUUUUUAUGUUGAUUUGCUUCACAUAUUCAUUAUUAAAUAAGUCUUUGAACUGUAAUAAUUCAUCUGGGGGGGGGG